AUGGAUAUCGAAAUAAAUGAAAACAAUCGUUGGAGAGACUUAAAAAAUAUUUUCGAAAGAGAUACUUAGUUCAAAGGUCCUAAUUUUGCUCCUAGUGAAGAGCUUACUAAUUGUUACUUAGAAUAAGCAAAGGUUCUUGUUAUUGGAGCUGGAGGACUUGGUUGUGAAAUAUUAAAAAAUUUAGCUCUUUCUGGAGUAAAAGAUAUCCAUGUUAUAGAUUUAGAUACUAUCGAUUUAACUAACUUAAAUAGGUAAUUCUUAUUUAGAUAGGAUGAUGUUGGUAAAUUUAAAAGUGAAGUAGCGGCUAAAUUUAUUAUGAAUAGAGUACCAGGGUGUAAAGUGACAGCUCAUGUAGGGAGAAUAGAAUAAAAAACUGAUUCAUUUUAUAAAGAAUUUCAAAUUAUAAUUUCAGGGUUAGAUAAUGUCGGAGCAAGAAGAUGGUUAAAUUCGCUUGUCCAUGGACUUUGUGAAUUUGAUGAUAAUAAUUAACCAAUUCCAGAAAAUCAAAUACUUUUAAUAGAUGGUGGCACUGAAGGAUUUAAAGGAUAAGCUAGAGUCAUAAAACCAUUCUAAACUGCUUGUUAUGAAUGUACUUUAGGAACUUUACCAAAUUAAGAAACUUAUAACAUUUGUACAAUUGCCAAUACUCCAAGAACUCCUGCUCAUUGCGUAGCUUAUGCUUAUUUAAUUGAAUGGAAAAAAUAAUUUCCAGACAAAAAACUUGAUAAAGAUAGCAUAGAAGAUAUGCAAUGGGUAUUUCAAACAGCACUUUAAAGAGCAUAAUAAUUUAAUAUUGAAGGAGUUGAUUAUAUGAUGACAAUGGGUGUAGUAAAAAAUAUAAUUCCUGCAAUUGCUUCAACAAAUGCAAUAAUAGCGGCUGCAUGUGUAAAUGAGGCUGUUAAGGCUAUUACUGAUUGUAGUUAUGUUGUUUAAGAUUAUUUUCAAUAUAUGGGAAACGAAGGGUAUCUUUUAAUAUUCUUUUUAAUUUUAAAUUAUUUUUUUAGAUUGCAUACUUUAACUUUUAAAUAUGAGAAAAACCCAAAUUGCUUUAUAUGCUCAAAUACUCCAAUUAAAAUAAAAAUUAGUAAAAAUAUGCUUUUGAAAGAUUUCUAAAAAUUAUUAUAAAGUAAACCAUAUGAAUUUUUAGAUCCUUCUUUGACUGGUCAAGAUGGAAGAUUAAUUAUUCCAGUUGUUAUGAGAGAUCUACAUAAAGAAAAGCUAGAAAUGACUUUUGAUUAGCUUGCUUAAUAAAAUAUUUAUAAGGAAGGGGAAAUUAUAUAUAUUACUGAUUAAAAAAUACAUUCUGUAGCUAAAGUUAUAGUUAGCUUUGAUGAUUGA